AUGGGAAAAACAAGUGAAAUUGGAGGGCUAAUCUCAGCAAUAGCAGCCUCCUUUUCUUUUUCUCAAUCAAAUCUCGUGUCUUUUGCUGAUGGCCCUUUUAAUUUCUCUCCUUUUUCUUCUUCUAGUCCUUCUCCUUCCCCUCCUCAAUCUUCCUCUCCUUCUUCUUCUGGCCAAUCUCAGCCGUCCACUUUGCCUCAAUCAACGGCGGCGAGUAAUACUGAGCCUGCUCCUAGAGCUCCUAGGAAUGACCAUCCACGAACUACGUCUGCUGGUUUUGACCCUGAGGCUUUAGAGAGAGGUGCUAAGGCUUUGAAGGAUAUUACCUCUUCUUCCCAUGCUAAAAAGGUCUUUGAGAGUAUAAAGACGCAAGAAGCAACAAGGCAGGCAGAAUUGGCUGCAAAGGCUGCAGAAUUUAAGGCACUGCAAGCUCAGGCUGAAACUGAGAGACAAAGAGUGGUAUAUGAUGAGCAGAAGAAGCUGGCUCAGCAUCAGGCACAGACUAAAUCCCAGAUGGCGCGCUAUGAAGAUGAACUGGCACGGAAGAGGAUGCAGGCUGAAAAUGAAUAUCAAAGAGCAAGGAAUCAAGAACUUGUGAAACUGCAAGAAGAAUCAUCAAUAAGACAAGAGCAGGCUCGAAGAGCAACAGAAGAACAGAUUCAAGCACAACGGCGACAAACAGAGAGGGAAAAGGCUGAGAUAGAACGUGAAACAAUUAGAGUGAGAUCUAUGGCAGAAGCAGAAGGUAGAGCCCAUGAAGCAAAGCUAGCUGAAGAUGUUAACAGACGAAUUCUGAAGGAUCGUGCAAAUGCUGAAAUGGAGAAAUGGGUUGCUGCAAUUAAUACCACUUUUGACCAUAUUGGAGGUGGUUUGCGAGCUGUUUUAACUGAUCAAAACAAGCUGGUUGUUCUUGUGGGAGGAGUCACAGCUCUUGCAGCAGGGAUUUACACAACAAGAGAAGGCGCUCGGGUGAUCUGGAGCUAUGUGGAUAGAAUAUUGGGACAACCAUCACUAAUUCGAGAGUCCUCUAGGGGCAAAUACCCUUGGUCAGGAGUUCUUACCCGUUCCUUGAGAACUUUAUCAAAUGGUGCUAAUAAAGGGUCAGCUUCUAAGAAUGGGAAUGGAUUUGGUGAUGUGAUUUUACAUCCUUCUCUUCAGAAACGAAUUGAACAGCUGGCUAAUGCAACUGCCAACACAAAAUCCCAUCAGGCUCCAUUUAGAAACAUGCUUUUCUAUGGACCUCCAGGAACUGGAAAAACAAUGGCUGCUAGAGAGUUAGCUAAAAAAUCUGGUUUGGAUUAUGCCUUGAUGACUGGUGGAGAUGUUGCUCCACUGGGAUCACAGGCUGUCACGAAGAUUCACCAGUUAUUCGACUGGGCCAAGAAGUCUCAGAGGGGGUUGUUGCUAUUCAUUGAUGAAGCAGAUGCAUUUCUGUGCGAGUAA